AUGGGCUGCAGCAGGCUUCUCCUCUCCCUUGCCGCCGUCUUCGACUUCGCCCUCGCCAUAACCCUCCUCUCCCUCUUCGCCUCCGCGUACACAUCCUGCUUCCUCACCACACUAUGGCAAGUCGGUGGCACCAAAGGCUGGAACUCAGAUCCGCAUCAACGGGUAUACUACUAUGCAAAUUAUCGCGAGCCGCCGCCCGUGCCCUCGGUCUGGGAUGAAAGCUUGACGAAGUGUAGCUUGUGCAUCAGCGUUGUCACGCUGGUUGUCUGGAUCGCGCGGCUCAGUCUUCAAAGAGGGAGUUUGGAUGUCUAUGGGAGCUUAAUCACGAACGCGCUAUACGACGUCUUGCUCGCCGCGCUAUGGACCUACAGCACCACCGCGCAGAAUUCCCCCGACGUGAGCGAUCCAGAGCAUAUUAGCCUAAGGCCAUGGCAUCUGGAGCGAGGGUGUAGGGACGGCGGACCACGAAGCAGGAGGGCGUGCGGGGUGCUGAGUGCCGCGUAUGGGUUGAGUGUGGUUGCUGUGUAA